UCCAUGAGCUAAUAGCCUAACACCAUUUUGGCGGGAAAUUCACAGGGCCGUCCACACACACACACACACACACACAGACAGAUAGAGAUAGAUAGAGAGAGAGAGAGAGAGAGAUGGGAGAAUACGAAGAGGCGGAAAUCGAGCAGGUCGAGGAGGAGUUCGCGGUGUGGAAGAAGAACACCCCCUUUCUCUACGAUCUCGUCAUCUGUCAUCCGCUCGAGUGGCCUUCUCUCACAGUUCACUGGCUUCCAUCCCCUCCCAGCCCCCACCCCUCCGAUGAUGCCUUUGCCCUGCACAAGCUCGUUCUCGGGACCCAUACUUCCGAUGAUUUCCCCAAUUUCCUCAUGGUCGCCGACGCUCACAUUCCCCGUAAUCCCGCCAAUUUCGCCACCGAUCGCCCCCUUGACUCUGCUAUUCCCAAGGUGGAGAUAGUACAGAAGAUAUAUGUUGAUGGAGAAGUGAAUAGAGCACGAUGCAUGCCUCAGAACCCAUCUGUUGUAUCAGCAAAGACUAGUGGGUCUGAAGUCUAUGUAUUUGACUGUGGCAAACACCCAAUGACGGAGGAAGGGGGAUCUUGUGAUCCUGAUGUGAGACUGAGAGGUCAUGAAAAAGAAGGCUAUGGGUUGUCAUGGAGCCCGUUCAAAGAGGGGUACCUUUUGAGUGGGUCAAAUGAUUGCAAAAUAUGUUUCUGGGAUGUCUCUGCCAUGCCUCAAGAUAAGGUGCUCAAUGCAAUGCAUGUUUAUGAGGCUCAUGAAAGUGUGGUUGAGGAUGUGUCUUGGCACUUGAAGAACGAAAAUUUAUUUGGAUCUGUGGGUGAUGAUUGUUUACUAGUGAUCUGGGACUUGCGCACAAACAAACCCCAGCACUCUUUCCAAGCUCAUGAAAAAGAGGUGAACUAUCUAUCUUUUAAUCCAUACAAUGAAUGGAUAGUAGCAACAGCAUCUUCAGAUACUACUGUUGGUCUCUUUGAUAUCCGGAAGCUGACUACUCCAUUGCACAUAUUCAGUAGUCAUUCGGAGGAAGUAUUCCAGGUAGAAUGGGAUCCCAAUCAUGAAACUGUUUUGGCAUCCUCUGCUGGUGACAGAAGACUGAUGGUUUGGGACCUUAACAGGAUUGGUGACGAGCAACUGGAAGGAGAAGCGGAAGAUGGGCCACCUGAGCUUCUCUUCUCACAUGGCGGUCACAAAGCAAAGAUAUCUGAUUUCUCAUGGAACAAGAAUGAACCGUGGGUAAUUUCUAGUGUUGCGGAAGACAAUACCCUUCAAGUCUGGGAAAUGGCUGAAAGUAUUUAUCACGAUGAGAUGCAGACUAUCGAUUGUCCAUAGAAUUGAUGGGAGUGAUGUUGGUGUCGUGAACUUGGAUGAAGACCAUCUGGUUUCUUAUGGGAUGCAACUGCUAGGAUUUUGGUUAGAUUAGAUAGCUACUUGCUUCUUGAGCAAGUGUGGUAGUUUCUGUUUCUUUGGUUGCCUGCCUGCAUGCGUGCGUGCUGUUGACUGAGCCAAUUAUAUAACCACAGCGACCUUUAGUCCGUUGAA